AUGGCGACAGAAGUGUACGACGGUGCGAUCGGUAUCGAUCUGGGCACCACCUACUCGUGCGUUGCCACGUACGAGGGCAACAAUGUCGAGAUCAUCGCCAACGAGCAGGGUAGCUUUACCACUCCCUCGUUCGUCUCCUUCACCGAGGAGGAGCGGUUGAUCGGCGAGGCCGCCAAGAACCUGGCUGCCAUGAACCCCGCGAACACCGUCUUCGACGUCAAGCGUCUGAUUGGCCGGCGCUUCGACGACCCGACCGUCAAGAAGGACGUCGAGUCGUGGCCGUUCAAGGUCGUCGACGAGGACGGCAACCCCAAGGUCCAAGUCGAGUACCUGGGCAGCACCCACACCUUCUCCCCCCAGGAGAUCUCCGCCAUGGUUCUCACCAAGAUGAAGGAGAUUGCCGAAGUCAAGCUCGGCAAGAAGGUGGAGAAGGCCGUCAUCACCGUGCCGGCGUACUUCAACGACAACCAGCGCCAGUCCACCAAGGACGCCGGUGCGAUUGCCGGUCUCAACGUGCUCCGCAUCAUCAACGAGCCGACGGCCGCUGCCAUUGCCUACGGUCUGGGUGCGGGCAAGUCUGACAAGGAGCGCAACGUCCUGAUCUACGAUCUGGGUGGCGGUACCUUUGAUGUCUCGCUCCUGAACAUCCAGGGCGGUGUCUUCACUGUCAAGGCCACUGCUGGUGACACCCACUUGGGUGGCCAGGACUUUGACACCAACCUGCUGGAUUUCUGCAAGAAGGACUUUACCCGGAAGACUAAGAAGAACCUGUCUGGCGAUGCCCGCGCUCUGCGCCGUCUCCGGACCGCCUGCGAGCGUGCCAAGCGCACCCUGUCGAGCGGUACCCAGGCUACGAUCGAGAUCGACUCGCUCUUUGACGGCGAGGACUUUAGCAUGCAGGUCACCCGUGCCCGUUUCGAGGAGCUGAACAGCGUCGCCUUCAAGGGCACUCUUGACCCCGUCGCCCAGGUUCUCAAGGACGCCGGCAUGGAGAAGUCGGGCGUGGACGAGAUCGUCCUUGUUGGCGGCUCCACCCGUAUCCCGCGCAUCCAGAAGCUGCUGAGCGACUUCUUCAACGGCAAGAAGCUCGAGAAGAGCAUCAACCCCGACGAGGCCGUCGCUUACGGCGCCGCCGUUCAGGCCGGCAUCCUGUCUGGAAAGGCCACCUCGGCCGACACCGCAGACCUGCUGCUGCUCGACGUCGUCCCCCUGUCUCUAGGUGUCGCCAUGGAGGGAAAUAUUUUUGCCGUGGUCAUGCCACGUGGUUCGCCCAUCCCGACAUUGAAGAAGCGGUCGUUUACCACGGUAUCGGACGGUCAGACCACAGUAUCUUUCCCGUGCUACCAGGGAGAGCGUGCCAACUGCGAGGACAACACGUCUCUCGGCGAGUUCACACUGGCGCCCAUCCCGCACAUGCGCGCCGGUGAGCCGGUGCUUGAGGUCAUCUUCGAGGUCGACGUCAACGGUAUCCUCAAGGUGACUGCCACGGAGAAGACCUCUGGCCGCAGCGCCAACAUCACCAUCAACAACUCGAUCGGCAAGCUGUCGAGCGCUGAGAUCGACAAGAUGAUUGGCGAUGCCGAGGAGUUCAAGUCCAAGGACGAGGCGUUCAGCAAGCGCUUCGAGGCCAAGCAGCAGCUCGAGUCAUACAUCUCGCGUGUCGAGGACAUCAUCUCGGACCCGACGCUGUCGCUCAAGAUCAAGCGUGGGCAGAAGGACAAGAUCGAGCAGACGCUCAGCGAGGCCAUGGCCCAGCUGGAGAUUGAGGAUUCGUCGGCCGACGACCUGAAGAAGAAGGAGCUGGCCCUGAAGAGACUUGUGACCAAGGCCAUGUCGCAGCGGUAA